UUCCCGGCACAGAGCAAGAGACCCCGGCACGUCGUCCAUCGCCAUGGCACGGCACGCUCCGCUGCUCCUCACCAUCGCGGCCGUGCUCGCCGUGGCCGCGGCGUCGGCGUCGGCCUACGUGCGCGCCGCGGACGAGGAGGCGAUGAUCAUCGGCGCCGACGACGACGUGUUCGGGCUGGGCGGCGUGAUCGGCGGCAGGCGGCGGCUGGACGAAAUCAACGGGACGAGCCCCGACGCGAACGCGACGAGCACCGACGCCAACUCCACGGCGACGGGGUACAUCAGCUACCUCGCGCUGUCCAGGGACAGCGUCCCGUGCUCGCAGCGCGGCGCGUCCUACUACAACUGCCAACCCGGCGCGGAGGCCAACCUCUACAGCCGCGGCUGCUCAGCGAUCACGCAGUGCCGCGGCUGAGGUAGUAGGCGGCGCAGGGCCUGUUCUUCCAAGGCUUGCUGCUGUCUCCGCUCCGCCAUUCGCGCCCUUCUUUUCCUUUGCUUAUUAAUUUGCUGAUGCUUCUCUUGGGCCGUCCGAGCAGCAGAAAACGAAUUGAAUUGAUGUUUACCAUUUCGCUGUGUAAAUUGUUGCUGUUCUUGUGCUAAGAGUGACGUUUUGUGUUUGUGUGAUGUAUGGC